AUCAAAUACAAUUUACAUUCAUGUAAAAUACUGGAUACUUUGAUUCCAGAAGUAUACCAUGAAAGUUUGAACGAUAGAACCACGAUCGCAUUAUUAUGUAAACAAGAAAUAUCUCUAUGAAGCUUAGAGAUAAAAUAGAAAGUUUUGCAUCUAAUAUGGCUAGCACCUUUCACAUCAUUCCUCGUCGCGUACAUACACGCCAGCGAAUUUGAAAUUAGAACUGAUCUUUUUCAUUGUAGUUUCAAAAAACAAACGAGUUGUGUUAAUUAACAUAAUUUAUUAGAGAGCAAUGAGCAUAUCGAACGGCGAAAAAGCGAAAAAUAUCCAGCAUCACAAAAAUAAACCGACAAAAAUAUUCCUGGGUAUGGCUACCAACAUGCUGAAACAUGCGUUCCUCAUCUUCCGAACAUACCUGGACCUGGUCAUCGACAUCAUCUACGGAUACUUCUGGGAGGGAACGAGGAAACCCUUACCAGAUUUGGAGAAGAAACAUGCCAUGUUAGCCGAAAGUGCUGUGGCAUUAGCUGCGAAGAUCAGGAAUAAGGAGUUGAAGUCUAAGGACCUGGUUAAGGCUUGCAUUGAAAGGAUUCAGCAAGUAAAUCCAAUAAUAAACGCGGUAACAGACGAGAGAUUUGAUGAUGCUCUGAAGGAAGCGCAGGAAGUAGACAAACUCAUUGAGGCAGGACUUACUGAUGAGUACUUCCAGAAGAAACCGUUUUUGGGCGUCCCAUUCACAACAAAAGAAAGCCAUGCAAUAACAGGCCUGCUACAUACACUGGGCUUAGUCGCCCGGCGUGACGUGCGAGCGCAUGAAGAUGCUGAAUGCGUGCGACGCCUGCGCGAGGCCGGCGCCAUCCCUGUGGCCGUCACUAAUGUUCCCGAGGUCAAUAAGUGGAUGGAGAGCCGUAACUACGUGUUCGGUCAGACGUGCAACCCGCACCACUCGGGCCGAACACCCGGCGGCUCCAGCGGCGGGGAGGCUGCCCUCUGUGCCGCCCGGGCCACACCCAUCUCACUCUGCUCGGACAUCGGCGGCUCGACUCGCAUGCCGGCGUUCUUCUGCGGACUGUACGCGCUCAACCCUACUUCUGGAUACACUAGCCUUAAAGGCUCAGCUCUCCGCUCGGGCUCGGAGAAGUCGAUGGCGUCGAUAGGGCUCGUCAGCUCGCACUGCGCCGACCUCAUACCGCUCACCAAGAUCAUUGUCGAUGCUGACAAAGUGCAGGAGUUGAAUCUAGAUAGAGUUGUUGAUGUUAAGAAACUGCGCUAUUUCUACGUAGAGACGGCGCAGGAUCUGCGCGUCAGCCCCAUCUCACCUGAACUGCGCAGCGCUAUGAACAGAGCCAUCACCAAGCUUACAGAAGACGCGACUUCCACUCCUCACGUGCCUGUCCCCUACUACCACGCCGGCUUCAACUACAUGUUCGUGCUGUGGCGCUACUGGAUGACGCACGAGGAAGAUGACUUCGCCUCACUGCUGACUAACGGACGAGGAGCUGCGAAGGCCUAUGCUGAGCUGCCUAAGAAGCUAGUAGGCAUGUCGAACUUCACUCUCCCGGCUAUCAUGAAGCUGCUGGAUGACCAGGUGUUACCGCCCGUCAACAAGGACUGGGCUGAGAAGCUUACUAACGAACUCAAGGAGGAUUUGAUUAAAACCCUAGGCGAUGACGGAGUGCUAAUAUUUCCUAGCAGUCCCUCAGUGGCGCCGUAUCACUACUCUCCUAUAGUGAGGCCCUUCAACUUCGCCUACUGGGCGGUCAUUAACGCACUCAGAUUCCCCGCCGCACAGAUCCCUCUCGGCGUGAACAGCGACAAACUUCCUCUCGGCAUACAAGUAGUCGCCGCACCUAAACAAGAGGCUCUCUGUGCAGCCGUCGCGCAGUACCUCGGCGAAGCCCUAGGGGGCUCCACUCUUCCUUGCAAGAUAUUAGACUAGACUACGAAGAAGGAAUCUGAUAUUAAAUACUCAGAUUUGCGCCCUAUAAAUCGCUUGUAAGGGAUUUUAUUGCUGGUUCCUCUGACGGACAUUGAACACUAAGAAAUUAACUGCCGGCAAAGGUGCUUUUAGAAACCGGCCACUAAUGAUUUUAAUAUUAGCUUGUUCUAUUGAUUGUCAAUAAUUAAAUAAUCCAGCAUAAGUAUAGUUUUGCUUACACAUGUAUAAUCUACUUAAUUUAUACUUAUCUUUAACAAUAUAAUAAGCAUUUUUUUAAAUCAACAUUCAAAGUUCGCAUUUAUAAUUUAAGUAUGAUAUGAUAAGUAAUUUCCAGUUUGCUAUACAUCCAUAUAUUUGUUAUUUUAUAUAAUAUUUACAUAUUUUCAAUGAUGAUAAUAAAACUAUCUUAAUA